CUCGACGAUGGGGCGGCCAUAGAGGCACUCCAAAAAGCGGCAUCGAUCGUCGGCGAAAGGCGCGCGUCGCAUAAAUCGAAGCACUGCGACCUAGAAAAAAGAGCGCUGCUUUUGCGCCGUGCGGUGCAACCGCAGCAGAGCAGCAGAAGACCAGGGAGAGCACCCCUGCGAAACCGCGCCGCUCGCGACGCGCGCGUACUUUGAAAGCGCAGCGCGACCCGGAAACCGCGCCGCAGCCGCAGCGCACGUGGUUACCUUGAUAGCGCUGCACACGCACCCACAACGAAAAACACGAGCGACGAGCCACCAUGACGCGCGGCGCCGCCGAAAGCAGGAGAGACGCGCACGCGAAACUGCAGCUCGCGAACCAGCAAGCGGCCGGCCGAAGAUUCAAGUACCUCAUGCAGCAGUCGGGCCUGGGAGACUUUUUUCGCGACGGCUUCUUCGAACGACCAGUGGAAGAACCUUCGUUGCGCGUCGAACCCCUGAACGUCGGCGACAAGCGACGAAAGAAUUCGGUGGACGAGAAGAUCACCGACGAACCGGAUACUGUAGAGUUUUUGACCAAACAGCCGUCGGUCAUUCAAGGCACGAUGCGGCCCUAUCAGUUGGCGGGUCUGAACUGGAUGAUCCGGCUGCGCCAUAACGGCUUGAACGGCAUCCUGGCCGACGAGAUGGGUCUGGGCAAGACGCUACAGUCGAUAUCGAUGCUCGGUUAUCUGGAGGAGUAUUCAUCUGUGAAGGGUCCGCACCUAGUCCUGGUGCCGAAGACCACAUUAUCGGGCUGGCAGAACGAGUUCGCGAGGUGGCUGCCAUCUCUCAAAGUUUUGAAGCUGCAUGCUACUACCAAGGAUGAGCGUACAGCAUUGGUGCAGGAGCACUUCUCCGGCAAGCGGACCUGGGACGUGUGUCUCACGACUUAUGAAGUGGCGACGAUCGAGGUCCGUGUUGCUGCGUCGAAAACACGCCGUCGCGGCGGUGGCGUCGACGCGUCUCGCGAGAGCACCUACGCGUCUCGCGUCGAUGGCGUCGUCACGCGACCGCGCCGCCGCGACGCAGGUCAACGCCCUCAAGAAGGUGCCCUGGCGCUUCCUCAUCAUCGAUGAAGCGCACCGCAUCAAGAACGAGCGGGCGCAGCUCUCGAAGACUGUCAGACUACUCAAGACGGAGAAUAGACUACUCGUGACGGGCACGCCGCUCCAGAACAACCUCCACGAGCUCUGGGCGUUGUUGAAUUUCCUACUGCCCGAUGUGUUUGCCUCGGCAGAGAGAUUUGACGAGCUGUUUAACUUGCAGUCGUCGGAUCGGGACAAGACCCAGAUGUUGGUGGAGCAGUUGCAUCGAUUGCUAAGGCCGUUCAUGAUUAGGAGACUCAAGGCAGAUGUGGAGAAAGAUUUGCCUCGAAAGACGGAAACUAUAUUGUUUACUGCAUUGGCACCUAUUCAACGGGACGUCUACAAGCAGUGCUUAUUGAGGGAGAUCUCGACGGUGCAAGGGUCGGCUGCGCAGAAAGCGCGCGGGCCGUUGCUGAAUCUGGUCAUGCAGCUCCGGAAAUGCUGCAACCACCCCUACCUCUUUCCCCACGUGGAGGAUCGGACGCUACCGGCUCUGGGGGAACACUUGGUUGAUGCUUGUGGGAAGUUGAAAGUCCUGGAUAAACUACUCGCUCGGUUGAAAGAGAGAAAUCAUAGGGUCCUUGUUUUUUCGCAGAUGACGCGCAUGUUAGAUGUCUUGGAGGACUUCCUGGUGAUGCGGUAUGGAUGCGGCGUCUUCAUUUCGCGUCGAUGGCGUCGUCGUGAGACCACGCGUCCCGCGCAGGGGCCACCGCUACGUCCGCGUCGACGGGUCCACGCCCCACGAACUGCGGGAGGAGCGCAUCGAGCAGUACAACGCGCCUUCUUCGCCUCUAUAUUGCUUCCUCCUCAGUACGCGGGCGGGCGGUCUCGGUAUUAACUUACAAACAGCAGAUACGGUAGUAUUGUACGACUCGGACUGGAACCCCCAGGCCGACCUGCAGGCCAUGGACCGGUGCCACCGCAUCGGCCAGACGAAGCCCGUUCAUGUGUAUCGACUCGUUACUGAACAAACGGUAGAGGAGAAAAUUAUCGAGCGGGCCCACCAAAAAUUGAAGUUGGACGCGGUCGUCGUGCAAUCAGGUCGAUUGCAAGACGCUUCCAAAAAACUCCAGACGGCGGAAUUACUGAAAGCUGUCCGCUUCGGCGCGGACAAGGUCUUCCGCGCGAACGACGAGCUGCGCGAUGAGGACAUCGACGCGAUCAUCGAACGAGGUAGGAAACGUACCGACGAUAUAAAUAAACGGUUGGAGGAGGCGUCGAAGGGCGACCUGCUGGAUUUCAAGCUGGACGGGGGCGUGAGUACGGUGUGGGAAGGUACUGAUUAUGCGUCGAAAAGAGUGACGCCCUUCCUCCUAGAUACGGGCAAACGGGAGCGAAAGCAGACGUACAAAGCGGAUAUAUAUGCGGCCGAGAACGAGGUCGGGGAGUUACUAGGCGAGCCUGCUAGGAAACGUUCUUCCAAAGCCGUAGAACCAGAAUAUGACGACUCUGAUAUGCCCGAGGUGCUGCGGAUGCCUUCCUUAGCUGACUUUCAAUUAUUUCCGGGUCAAGAACGCUUGAAACAGCUGCGCGACGUCGAGAGACGUCGGUUCUUAGCGUUAACAGACACGCCCGAGAAGAAGCGGGCCCUGUUAAGAGACGACGACGCGCUAGCUACGUUGGUCCUGUUGGACGCGGACGACGCCGAAGAGAAGGAACACUUAUUGUCUCAAGGUUUUCCGGACUGGCACCGGGGCCACUUCCAGCAGUUCGUGAGAGCUUUGUCGAGGCAUGGGCGCGAUGACCUGGAGCGCGUUUCCGAAGACGUGUUUGGGAAGAGCCACGGAGAGGUCACGAGGUACAACGAGCGGUUCUGGAGCGAGGGUCAGAACCAUUUCCCGCCCGACGAAUGGGCGAGGCUCGUCAAGUCUGUAGAGAAGGGCGAGAAGAAGCGCCAGGAGAUGACCGGGCUGCUCGAGGCGGCCCGGAAAUUUGUCGGGCUGUUCUCGGAGACUCCGGAGAAGCUCGAGUUGCGCUUCAAUCCCCCUGGGACCGCUGGCUUCCCGCCGACGACGGUCACGCGCCAUGAUGAAGAGAGGAUACUACUGGAGCUGGUCUGCGAGCACGGCUACGGCGAGUGGCGGAAGAUCCGGAGCGAUUUCCGGUCGAGACCCGAAUUCCAGUUCGACUGGUUCCUCAAAUCAUUAGAUCCCGAGCAGAUCGGGAGAAGGUGCGAGGUGUUAAUUAGGUCUGCUGAGAGAGAAAUGGCCGAGCUGCAGCGGAGACAUGAUGCCUAUAUAGAUGCGGCGAAGGCUCUCGCUGCUGCACGAAAAGGUGCUCCUCGCGAUCCUUCGACGGGGAAACCGUUAACCCAACCGCAACGCGUGGUCCAGAUGUUCGAGCAGAUGGUCGAGGAUAAAAACAAGCAGGACACGAUCCGCGAGAAGGCUAAGCAAGAGAAGAAGCAGAAGAAGCGGGCCUCUCCCGUGCAGCAGGCGGCGCCGAAGAAGGCCAAGGUCGUGCACGUGCCGCCGCCUCCUCCUCCACCGGCGCCGGCGCCGCCACCACCAGUGCCCGUGGGCCCGCCGCCGAAGCCUCCGCGGACCGCGCUUCGGUGCUACAUGCGCAAUCAUGUAAGGGAAUUGCGGCGGGCGCAGCCGGGCGCUUCCGAGGCGCAACUGAAAAGUAUUCUGACGGGCAUGUGGGCCGAGGCUUCUGACUCGGAGAGGAAGGAGAUGGAGAGGCGGUCGGAGCUCGACAAGGUGCGGUACGAGCGCGAGGCGGCCGAGUACCGGUCGAAGGGGGGCGUGCUGCCGGGGGUGUAAGGUUUGGAGUUUUA